AUGGACCCCGAGGAGGCUCUAGAACUCGGUCAGCACGCCAUCGAAAAGAUCUCACGAAUCGCCAUCUUUGUAGGUCAAAAGGAGCAGCGUAUCGUCUGUGGUCGGCUAGGUGGUCAGCUAUUCAUCCUCGCGGACUAUUUGCAGGGCCUCUCAGACCAAGUUCAUCAGUUGUCGAGAGUGCCAAAGCUGCUACGCGAUAUCGAACGAAUAUGCUGUUGGCCCGAAAAGCCGAAAGAUGACUAUUGUCCUCGUCUUAGAGGCAUCGCGAAUACCAUAUACUGUACAAACUCAUACAGACAAGGUGAAGCGGAUAUGAUCAAGGGCCUGACUGAAAUAACUGCCGGGAAUGGCGAAGAAGCAGAAAAGGCCAUCCUGCACAUUCGACGAUCCACGAAACGUGCUGGGAUCAAGAAACAAAAAACUGAAGAAAUCACCACUUCGAACUCAAUGCCAGUGGACUAUCUGGAUGAUGCAAAAAGCCUUGUGUAUCAAACCUUGCGAAAGCAUGUUCGUUGUACUUGCGAUUGUGGUUCGGAAGGAGCCGUCAAGGUGGGAGAACAUUCGGCAAAUCUACUCUUGUCUUUACCCUCUGGGGACCUCAAGCCGUUUGUCUGUCAGACCUGCAAGUCCUUCCCAGAGCCUCAAGAAGCCUGUCUCGAGAUGGUCGGCGCUGAGAUAUACGGCCGCAUUCAGCAUAUUCCACAGCAGGCGUCUGAAGGUUCGGAAGUCUUCUACAGGGGCCAGUGUUAUGGCUACCCGCCUUUCCUUCCGCCGCCUAUUCUACAUGCCUUUGUAGAGCUUUACUUCGAGUACUUCGACCCUAAAUUCCCCUUCUUACAUCCGUCCACUGUGGAAGACUUGGAAAUUCCUUGGAUUUUACUUCUAGCUAUAGCAGCAGUUGGGAGUCACUACUCAGAGAUUAAAGAGGCAGACCAGUACACCGGUGUGUUAUGCGACUUACUUGCUCGAGCUGUGGAGGUUACAGUAUUAGAGAAGUUGAUGAAGCCCGACUUAGCUACUGUGCAAUCUGUGUUCCUCCUUCGUGUUCUUUGGAUGUUCUCUGGCUCGCAUAAAGAUAAAGUCGUCCUGCAGCAUAAAAGAAACAGCCUUGCGACCAUGUGCUGGGAUCCGAUCACGGCAGAUAGGCGAGCCAACAAGACGCUACAAGUCGAUCCCGAGCAGGAAUGGCAGGAUUGGCUGGAGUCGGAGAGUUUACUCCGUGUUGCAACAUGCAUACGAGGAUUGGAAUGCUUAGGCCACCUCUUUCUUGGAUCGCCUCUUAUCUUAAACUUCAGAGAUAUCACACGUCAAAUGCCCUGCUCCAAUGCUGUGUGGCAGGCCCGAAGUGAAAAAAGCUGGAGAAAAGCUCAGGAAAUCCCAGUGUCAGAGCCAGAUACGAAAUCGACCUUCAUCGGAAAGAUGACUCUUCUCGAGCUGUUCAUUGACGAGAAGAACAUAGCCCGUCAAUUCCGAUCUUCGCAACUCUUAAGAUCGGCAUUUACCAACAACCAGACCACUCAGAUCCCGGACUACGAAAACCCUCAACUUGAAGCAUCAAUUGACAAGGCGGCAUCCAACGGAACGGAAACUGUCUUCCAUGUUCUAGCCAUACUAAAACGUCUGCCGUUGAGACACUGCACUCUGCUACAGGAUGGCAAGCGAGUAAACAACAAAUGCUCGACGCAAAACAGAAGUUCAGAAGCUUUUUACAGAACGGGAACAAAGCGCGGCAGUGUCUCUGGUACGCAGUAUCAAUCUUCAAAACCACACGCUCUUCCCGUCGAUUGGCAUGCUACGCUGCUCUCAGCCUGA